AUGGGGUUUAAUUUAGCAGCAGCAUCUUAUAUAGUUGCUCUUAUUUGUGAUGCAUUUCUUAUAUUUUUCGCUAUCUUUCAUACAAUAGCUUUUGAUGAAUUGAAGACAGAUUACAAAAACCCCAUAGAUUCAUGCAACUCAUUGAACCCACUCGUUCUACCAGAGUAUGCAAUUCAUAUCUUAAUUAACAUUUUCUUCUUAAUUGCUGGCGAAUGGCUUUCGCUAAUUUUAAAUGCACCUUUAAUUGCUUACCAUAUCUGGCGUUACAAGAACCGACCUCAGGGAAUGACAGGUCCAGGAUUGUAUGAUCCAACAAAUAUCAUGAACUCUGAUACACUCUCAAAAGCAAUGAAGGAAGGCUGGAUAAAGUUGGGCGUUUAUCUUCUGUCGUUCUUUUAUUACCUUUAUGGAAUGAUCUCAUCUCUUAUCGCAACAUAAAGCAACGAUAAAAGAAACUAUGACGAUGUUAAAUCAACAUGGUUCUAACAUUCAAAAAAUUAUUCAUGAAUUAUUCAUAUUGUUUUUAUUUUUUCUUUUCUUCAUUAACUUUGUAGUGGUUUCAUUGUUUUACAAAAAAAAUACAUCUUGAUUAAUAAUAGACAUUCAUUUUCUGUAGAUAUGAUAACUUCACUUUUUGGUUAAAAAAAUUUGCUUUUCUUUAUAAAUUUAGAUAAACUAGAUCUUGUAUAAAUUGUGAAAUCGCUACACAACAUCAUUAAAAGAAGAAUAGCGAAUAUUUAUUUGUUUUUUUUCAUUUAUUUUUUAUUUCUAUUUGGUUGGUUACUUCUGAAUAUUUGAAGUUUGUAAGUUUGAUGUGAAUCACAAAAAUUUGUGAUUUAGGUAUUAAAAGUUGUAAAAAUUACUCAGUAAAGCUUUAAUUUUCAACUUCUCUAACAUUCAAACGUGUCUAAAUAUUUACUUUAAAGCCUUAAUUUUAUAUUUCUACCUGUUCCUAAGUUCCCAAAGAGUUUUUGAGCAAUUAAAAUGCUUAAAAUACAAAUUCUAACAUUUAAAAGGAGACAUGGGGCAAGAGAGAAAAAAGUUGUCAACAGAACUUUAAUAUCUAAAAAUAUCUAGUGGAAAAAUCUGUCACCAGCGUUGUUUCAUGUCUUUUAAAAAGCUUCUUCUCUAGGUAGUUUUCUUUCUAAUUUAGGUAUAUUAUAAAAUUCACUGUAGGUAAUGUUUUGGUUUUUGAUUCUCUCGUAUUACUUCUUGUAAAAAAUUUAUGGUAGCAAAAUGGCAAGAUUAC